CAAGUUCACGCCGUGGCCGGACAAGCGGCAGCAGCGCGCCCUGAGACGAAGCAAACGGCCUGACCUGCUCAUCCGAAAUCAACAUCUCAGGGUGUGUUUCAAAACUCAGUUGUAUGUUCGGAGAUAUUGCUUUAUAACCCCCCAGAGGAUCGUCUAAAUAUGGGCGCACUUGCCUGCGCUCCUUUACAAAGAGCCACAGCAAAAUCCAGGGCAAGAAUUGCCUUUUAAUCGCCCCCACUUAAAACUAAAACUAAAACAAAAAAGGAAGAGUGGAGGCUACUAACAGAAUCUUCCACUCCCCCCCCCCCACACACACACUUGGGAAGAUGAAAAGGACUUUAAAAAGUUUUAUUUGAUGAGAACUCGGAAGGGAGACCUUAAUUGUCUUAGGAGGGUGUGCAUAUAUUGUGAAUAUUUCUUAAUAUGCGUCGAUUUGUGGAGCCUAAGCUGACACAAAGAGAUGGUGGAGCGAGAUAUGGAGUAGUUUCGUUCCGAGCGUGUGUGGUGUUUGUGCAAGUUGCUCUAAUUAAAGAACACACAAAUAUAUAUAUAUAUAUAUAUAUAUAUAUAUAUAUACACGCACACACAUGCACAUGGGGGAAAUUACUGGGAAGUUGUAAGCAGUCUAGGUCCAUCCUCUACAAAAUAGAGGAUAAAGGAAAGAAAAAGGGGAAAGUCCCAUUCUCUGGCUGGGCCACUCGCUCUCCAAAUAGUCCCCGAGCUGAGGAGGAUCCCGUGUUAAUGGUGGGAAGAGACCAAUCCCCUUGAUUUUCCUUUCUUUUUUUAUGAAGGGGGCACACCGAGGCUGCAAAACAGCAAAACCCCAAUGUUGGACAGCUGUAAAAUCGUGUAGACAGGUUGUCAUACAGCAGCGGGGUUUUUUUUCCCUGAAAGUAGCCCAUUGCUAAACAUUAAAUACACACACACACACACACACAAAACACAGUAGACGUACACACACACACACACACACACAACACACAUAUCAAGGCAAAGUGGCCCGGGCAGGAUUGCUUAACCACGUGCUCCUCCGAAGGGGGGUUAGGACGGGACGGGGGUGGGCGGGGCUUGGCGCUCAAGUGGGUGCCAAUCAAAGCAUCAACUUCAAAUUGUAUCUGAAAGAUCAGCCGAGGACCUUAGGGCAGGCGCAUCAGUCGGAGCUCAAUUGUUGAUCAGAUCACAUCUAAGGGAUUUAGGAGCACAGGCGAGCCGAGAGUUGAGGGAAGACGCCCCACCGAGUCCAUCCACACGCGCUGCCGCUGUCUCCUCCUCCUCCUCCUUCCUCCUCCUCCUCCUCUUCCACAUGCAGAUGACAAGAUCCGUCUGAGAGAGCCAGCGAGAAGGCGAGAAAAGAAAGCAGAGCCCGGAAAGAAAAAAUACCCAGACGGGGGCUCCUCUCUCCGCCCGGCAGCUGGAGAAGGAGACAAGGCAGGCAGGCAGGGGCGCGCAGUCGACAGCUAGCUAGCGAGCCAGCCAGCCAGCCAUCCCGGGCUCUCCCGCGCCGUCCCAGACCCGGCUUGCCCGCCCGCCGAGCGCCGCUGCCCCGUCCGCUUCGACUUCUGGCUCCGUGUCGCCCCGUCGGCGGUGCGUCUCGCUCCUCCUCGCCUGCACGCCCGGGAUGUCCUUCCCGCAGCUGGGCUACCCGCAGUACCUCAGCGCCAGCCAGGCCGUGUACGGCGGCAGCGACCGGCCCGGGGUACUGGCGGCCGCCGCCGCUGCCGCCGCUGCCGCCGCCGCCGCUUCGGGCCGUCCAGGGGGCGCGGAGCUCAGCAGCGGCUCCACCGCCGCCGUCACCUCGGUGCUGGGCAUGUACGCCGCGGCCGCCGCGGCCGGGCCUUACAGCGCGCCCAACUACAGCGCCUUCCUGCCCUACACCGCGGACCUCAGCCUCUUCUCGCAGAUGGGCUCCCAGUAUGAACUGAAGGACAACCCUGGGGUCCAUCCUGCGACUUUUGCUGCUCAUACCACCCCUGGUUAUUAUCCAUACGGACAGUUCCAGUAUGGGGACCCAGGGAGGCCCAAGAACGCAACCCGGGAGAGCACCAGCACCUUAAAGGCCUGGCUGAAUGAGCACCGCAAGAACCCCUACCCCACCAAAGGCGAGAAGAUCAUGCUGGCCAUCAUCACCAAGAUGACCCUCACGCAGGUCUCCACCUGGUUCGCCAACGCCAGGAGGAGGCUCAAGAAGGAGAACAAGGUCACUUGGGGAUCGCGGAGCAAGGACCAAGACGACGGGAACCUCUUUGGGAGUGACAACGAGGGGGACCCUGAGAAGAAUGAAGAUGAUGAAGAGAUUGACCUGGAGAGUAUUGACAUAGACAAGAUUGACGAGAACGACGGGGAACAGAGCAAUGAGGAGGAGGAAGAGAAGGUAGAGCUUCUACGACAAAGCAGCGAGGAAGAGCAUUUGGAGAAGGAGAAGGCCUUGACGCUGUCAGGCCCUGAAGGACUUAAACCCAAAGAGGCCCUGUCCCUGGUGAAGGAGGCCUCGGACAAUCCCACCCGAAUCCUGAGCCCCAGUAGGCAAAAUACUCUACAAGGCCCACUUCACAACAAGCCCAAGAUCUGGUCUUUGGCAGAGACGGCCACCAGCCCAGAUGGGGCCCUCAGCAAGCCAACUCCUCCUUCACCCCCCGCCCAGGUUAACCACACCUCUUCCCAGCUCCAGCACCCGGCUUUCCUCCCCAGCCAUGGACUGUACACCUGCCAGAUUGGCAAAUUUCACAACUGGACAAACGGGGCGUUUCUCACCCAGAGUUCCUUGUUAAACGUGAGGUCCUUUUUGGGAGUUAAUCACCACCACGCUGCCCACCACAACCACCACCUUCAGGUCCAGCAGCAGCCCCCCUCGGUGUUAACAGCUCUUAACACUGAAAAGUCUUCAGAGAGGACGAGCCCUAAACACAUAGAAAGAGAAAACGUACCAAGAACCGACUCUCCACCUCAGCAGUUAAAACCUCCCUUUCAGCCUGUCCGGGACAACUCUUUGACUCAGCAAGAGGGAACAUCGUGAAUUUUAACAGCUCUCCCUUCUGCUUGAUUAAAUGGCGUGUUCUUUCCCCCCCUUUUUUGGUGGAAAAGAAAAUUUCACAGACUGGUCUAAAGGACAAAACAAAAAAAGUGGAAAUUAUCUAAAUGACUCCCACCAAUCUCAUUUUUUGCAAUAAGGUGGUAUCAAUCCAUUUCAAAUAUAUAUAUAUAUCCCAACUCCUCAACCUGGACUUUCCCCUUUUCCUUUAUUCCAUUUUCAGAGCGUGUAAUUCUAACCACGAUUGGAUUAUUGGUUUUGGUAAAGAUUUCUCAUGUGUUUGUGUUAUUUUUUUUUCUGUAUAUAAAGUGAUUUCGAAUUGUAAAUAAUUCCACAGCAAAAACUUGUCUAAAUCGUAUAUUUUUGUCUAAUAAACAAAAUGAAAUUAUGACCUC